AUGAAAAAGCAAUCUACUAUUGGAAAAAUGAUCGAUGAAUUUGGUGGAUACAAACGAUUUAAUGAAGAUACAAGGAAUUACAAUAUUAAUUUUAAUUUUCCAAUUCAACAACUAACACCACCUCAACCAAUACCAGGAGCAGCACAACAUCAACCACCAGGACAAAUACCACCUCAACCAUCAGGACAAGUACCACCUCAACAAUCAGCAACAGCACCAGGACAACAGCAAGAAACAAGUAAGAUAAUUAGCAGUAUUUCAUAG